CGAGCGCAGGCUGGGCGGCCUUGGACUUGGCCUGGGGCUUGGAGGGACUGGCCGAGCGCGGACCUCUCUGUCCUCCCGUCGCCCGCAGCAGCCGCCGGCACCAUGUUCGGCUCCAGUCGAGGCGGCGUCCGCGGCGGCCAGGACCAGUUCAACUGGGAAGACGUGAAAACCGACAAGCAGCGGGAGAACUACCUGGGGAACUCGCUGAUGGCCCCCGUGGGCCGGUGGCAGAAGGGCCGGGACCUCACCUGGUACGCCAAGGACCGCGCCGGCCCGGUGGGGCUGAGCCGCGAGGAGGAGCUGGCGGCCGUGCGGCAGGCGGAGCAGGAGGCCCUCAUGGCAGCCCUAGGCUACAAGAAUGUGAAGAAACAGCCCACAGGCCUGAGCAAGGAGGACUUUGUCGAGAUCUGUAAGCGGGAAGGAGCAGACCCUGAGGACAAGGGUGUGGACCGGCUCCUGGGGCUGGGGAGCUCCAGUGGCUCCGCCGGCCGAGUGGUGUUGUCCAGAGAAGACAAGGAGGCUGCCAAGCUGGGGCUGUCGGUGUUCACAGUAAUGUCCCCUCCCCCAGAACACACCAGGAGCCCAUGCUGCACCAACGAGUGGAGAGCAGUGGGGCAGAGAUCUCCCCAGCCUCAGCCAGAAAGAAGCUGCACUCUGAGGAGAAGGCGGAGCCGUGCUCUGAGAGCCACAAGAAAAGCAAGAAAGAAAAGAAGAAGAAGAAGAAAAAGAAGAAACACAAGAAAGAGAAGAAGAAAGAAAAGCACCACAAGACAGAGGUGGCUGCUUCCUCCAUGUCCCCGUCUCCUGCUAGAAGCCCCUGAUGCAACCUGGAAUGGGUCCUUCCUGCCCACCACAGAGGGACCCGCUCAGCUGGAAGCAGGAGUUCAUCGGAAGUUGAGAAAGCACCUACUAUCCGUCAGGCACCAUGCUGGGAAUACUGUUUCGAACAAGACGGAGUUAAGAGACCGGUGAGACCAGUGACAGACAACGCUGAACGCUGUGGAGAAAAGGUGGUCUCCAGGCAGCAGGCCUAGCCAGGCCGUGGAGGACAGGUGCUGGGUACGGGGUGGACCCGAGGGCUCACUCCCGUAGCCACAGUGGUCUGCCUUAUCACCCUCCCCUCCAGGACACCUCUGCUCCCUGUUGCCAUUAAGGAGCCUCCUGACCCUACAAGUCCCAGUUCAAGUCCCCCCAAGGCAGGUGGCUGGGUACUGGCUCCCUCUACCUGUGUGGCUGGCUCAUGUCAUGGGGCACAGUGUGGCACCAAGCCUGUCCUCUAGCCCAGCCGGCAGGGGUAGAAACAGGGCCAAGCUGAAGUUGGCCCUGGGGUGGAGGCUGGGUACCCUCUUCAGGACUUUGGACCCAACAACCUGAGGCUGCCAGGUUGGCCCCCAACCUCAAAGACCAUCUGACGAGACUUCUGAGCUCUGGCUGUCAGUCAGCUCCCUUCUUCCAUGGCCCGCCAUCUGCUUUGGUGCACCUGGUAAGGCCUUGUGCCUGGCCACAGGCUGGCAAGGACGCACAGGGCUCAGGUCAGUACUGUGCUUGGGAGGCCUGUCACCAGCGCUGCUCAGUGACAUCCGUGGGCCCUUCUUCCACAAACCUAUAAAAACUUAUGACUGCAUUGGUAUAAAAACAACUGCAAUCCAGGCUGCAUUUGUUAUAUAUGUAUUUUUGCUUCUGAUUUUAAAAGAAACAAACAUCUUUGUGGGCUCCACGAUUGUCAGGAGCCUGAAACCCUGAGCCCACUCUGCUCACCCACCGGGCUCACUGUCAGUGGUGCCUGGGUGGGGUGCCCCCAGAUCCACCCGGUCAGAUGGUUCCACCGAGCUGCGUGAUGUUGAGUGGGCCCUCACCCACCCUCUGCAUGCCCAACCCCUUGCAGGUCUCUCACCUCAGGGGGGUCUCCUGCAGUGCUGAGGGCCCAUGUGAAGUUGAACCAGCACCGUGGGGACCACACAGCCUGUGACAAGGACCAGGAGGGCAAUGAAUGUCCAGGGUGGGGCCCUGACCACUGCUGCCGCCCCCAACCAAGUCGUCGACAGGCCUGGCUCUGGACCCUGAGCCGGUUACCAAGGGAGCCCAGCCAACCUGGGGCUGCGGGAAGGCAUUCUUGUGCCUCCCGUGGCAGAACCUCUCAGGAGCCUGGCAUAACCCUUGGCCCGGCCUGCUUCCCUUGCAGAGCUUUGACAGGGCGCCCCCUAGUCCCUCCUCUGCCUGCCCAUUCUUUGGUUAGUGAUCAGGCUUCUGGGUGAAGUAUGAGACGCCCAGACAGGGUAGGGCAGUGACCCCUAGAAUGACCUCUGAGGUUUUAGGUCUGUCCCAAGAUGGCAGCCCUGCAGGGAAAGGCAUACAGCCCCACUGCAGGGACAGAUGUCCCAUCUGGACAGCCCCAGCACAGCAAUGGCCUGUGCCCCUGGGUCUUGAAGGAGCCAUCCUUCAACAGCACAGCUGGCCAGGGUCAUAACAGGCACAUAUUCUGAUUGUCCAGCAGAGGGCACUCUGCUGAGGGCAGACACACCUGCCAGGCCCCGGAACCUGCUUAUUCAUCAGGCCAGAGUUGGGAUGCUUCCACACUAAGGAAAGGCACCUUCCAGCUGGCUGUGGCAGCCAAGGCUCUACAAGUAUCAGGGGGAUCAGGACCUGGGGCCCAGAGAGCCACUCCCUUGGCCCCACUGGGCACUCACAGCAGCCAGGACAGCGGCUGAGGAACAAAGGUUCCCAGAGGCGAGGAUGCUACUACUACUUGGGGCUGGGAACAGGGCUGGACUGGUUAAGAAAGGGAUCCACUGCUCAGGGUGUAGGAGGGAGGGGGAAAAAGCAGGGUGGACCCGACAAGGACAGAGGGUUCCCUGGCUGCAGGCUUGACCUCCAGGCCUUGCUCUGCCAGGUUGGCUCAGCAGAUGGUCAGGAAUCCUCCUCCUCCCAGACUCCUCUCCCUCUCAGGCAGCCACAGGACCCCAGCCCACUCCCUGCCCUAGCUGCGGCUCCAUCCUCCCCCCAGACGAGCCGCCUAGCCUUAGCACUUGCCUGGCACCCACGGAUUUGCCACCAUCACAUCUCACAGGGCCACACCUGCUUGUUCACACUGUCUUGGGAUGUGCCAGUGUUGGGAGGCACCUCACUGAAUGAGCAGCAGCCAUGGCAGGAUGCUGAGAGCCACUGUAGUGACCCCAUGCCCUGCUCUGCCCUGGAAAUCCACUCAGCCCUGUGGAUGCCAGAAAUCUUGCCCUCAUGUGCACACCUGCUGAGAUCUAACCCGGGGUAGUGAUGAGGAAAGGUCCAGAGGAGCUCAGAGGUCAGGGGUGCGGUGGGAUGCAGGGCUGGCAGGGCUCCGCAGGGAGUACAGGCGGAGAUGGUGAGGGGAAGGUUCAGAGGUCUGUGGUCCUCUGUAUUUUUAACCUGAAAAAAGGCUUUUCGUGGAUCCUGCUCUCUCUCUAGGAGCAGUGUGCCAGGGACUGAGCAGCUGGCAGGUAGCAGCACUGAAGCACUGAAAAGCUCAUGAAAUAGUUAAGAGAUUUUAUUCUAAUAGCUAUAAUUACAGUGCUUGUUUGUCGAAAUGAAAACUGAAAACAAGUAUACAAAACAGUUGAUUACUAAUUGUGUAUUGAAAGCAGUAAGAGGUUCCACGACACCAAAUAAACCAGUUCUGAGGGUUUUCCCCCCCGAGAUAAAGUUUAACAGCUCCAGCUUCUUCAGUGUUUAUCAAAAUACAAAAAAAAAAGUAUAGAGGUCGUCUUUUCUUGCUGGCAAAUCUGACCCUUGCAGGAUGAGGGAGUGGAAGCUACUUCACACAUGUACAGACAG